AUGACAAGGGAAGACAUCGAAGAGGAAUGUGAGCAUUCGGCCUCGCGAGAAGCUGAGGGAAGCCAAACACAGAUGAGAGACCAUGCAGCGGUUAGAGGGGAGAACAUGAAGGCCUCGCAGCAAGCUGAGGAAAUACGGUUUUCGGCCUCGCCGUGUGCUGAGGGUCGCAGAGGAAAACAAAAGCCCAAGAAGCGGAAAGCAAAACCCAAGGAACCACCAAAAGAUCUGCCACAGGAGUGGCAAACGCUAUGCCAAGUGGUGGGUAGAUAUGAUGCUUCCAGUGAGGCUGCCGCACUCGAAGCCAUUGAGAAGCUGGAAGAGCAGGAACUCAACCCGCUACAACAACGAGCAUGCCACGAAGUGCUUCGUUCCUUUGUGGAGCAGGACGCACAAUAUGCCAAAUGGAUCUUGGAAGAUGUGGCAAGUGGGUAUCGCCAAGAUGAUAAGGCCGAGUGUAUCAAAAUCACAGCGGCUAACAUCACCAGCUGGAGGAAACCCAUAGCGGCAUGGAUACACGAACUAGGACCGGACCUGGUGGUGCUGCAGGAAACCCAUCUCAAGACGGAGGGUAUCCAGCAAGCCAUGAGCCAUUGCCAAGAUAUGGGAUACACCUUCAUUGGCAUGCCUGGCAGUACAAAAAUUAAGGGUGUACAAGGAGGCCUGGCAGUGGUGGCACCCCGACAUAGGAACCUGCGAUACCUUACCGAGUAUGGUUCAGGACCGGCGGGCUUCCUGGCAUGUGCCAUGAGAAACAAAGGCUGGGAUUUGAUCAUCGUCAGUCUGUAUUUGGAGAGCGGGGUCGGAUUCCAGGCUCCAAACAAUAUCCAAGUACUGGCGAGACUGAUAGCCUUUCUCAAGGGCUGCAAAGUGCCAUAUAUGGUGCUGGGUGAUUGGAAUGAAGCCCAGGAUACCAUGAGGGGCACAACUCUGGCGACAGAAGUUGGUGGUGCACUUGUGGGAGUGGGGGAACCAACGGCCCAAGGAUCGGACGAAAUCGAUUAUGGGCUGGUUGCGAAAUGCUUGGUGCCCAUCCUGCAAGUGAAAACGGAUUGGGAAACCCCUUUUCGGCCUCAUGCUGCGAUGCAUUGGAGGAUAGCCCAACCGUGCAGUAGCCCUGAUGUUCCCCAAAUGAAGAAGGCGGGAGCACUGGUAACGGAAACCGUGGAAUACACACCGGUUAAAAACACACAGACCAUCCACAUCUUGGAUGAACCCAGGAUGGAAGAUGAACUCAGUGAGAAAUUCGCUCACCUGAGUGCAAGUGUGGAGAGGUCGAUCACAGGACGAAUCGACGGUAUGGGUGUCAAAGCAGAAAUCGUCCGGAAGAAAUUGGUGGUCCACAACCCGGAGAACGUUGUCUGGACAGGCAAGAGGGCAGCUUUUUGGAACCGUGUCCAACAAUGGGUCAAGCAAGGCAGACAUCAUGGAGACGCGCAUCCGGUGGCGCGCCUAGUCCAAAGUAGACUCAACGUGUACUAUGAGGGCGAUGCGCAGAGCCGGGAGGAUAUGCUUGUGAGUAUCCUGGGACGAGGCACAGACGCCAGACUUGUCCUAAAGCGCAUUGAUGAACAGCAAUGCUACGCGAGAAAGGCAGACAUAGAGGAGACGGCCCACCAGUACAAGCAAUGGCUCAGCAAGGCCAUGGAAAAGGGCAUGCGACCGCUGUACAAUGCCUUGCGGAAAGACGAAAAAGUGGUACAGAGACCCUACAUGGAAUAUGACAUGCUGGAACGGCCACACAUUCGACGUGACCACUGGGCGGCGGUGUGGACGAAGGGCACACCGAUGGCACAAACGGCCUCGCUCAUGCUGGAGCUUGAGGAUGCAGCCAAAAAACAGGCGGCCAGCGUGGAGCCGCUGAAUCCUGAAGAGGUCAAGGCAAGGAUCAAGAAAUUGGCCCUAAAGAGCCCGGGGCCGGAUGGAUGGCGGAUCGACCAUUUGCAGGCCAUGGACGACAAAGCGGUCGAAGCAGUAGUGGCUUUCUACCGUGAGUGUGAGGCCAAAGCAACAUGGCCGAAACAAAUGACAGUCUCACUUAUUGCAAUGCUGCCUAAGAAUCUGACCCGGGAGAGACCAAUCGCCUUGUUGCACAUCCUGUACCGAACCUGGGUCCGAUUGCGAUGGGAUUUGGUAAGUACUUGGCAGGUGAGUUACGCAAAAAAUGCCAAGUACGACAAGGCGGUCCCAGGCAGUUGCUGCCUGGACGUGGCUGUAGGCAGACUGUUGCGAAACGAGGUGGCGAAGACAAAUGGUGUGCAUGUGGUGUCGCUAUUUGUGGACCUUGAGUCCUUUUUCGAUACCAUCCAGUUUCAGCAACUGAUAGCGGCAGCAACGGACCUGCAAUAUCCACCGCUAAUCCUGAAAAUGGCACUGGAAGUGUACAUGGGUGCCAGAUACUUGGCAGCAGAUGGGGUGCUAUCGGCAGGCAUCAGAGCUACGAAUGGAGUGCAAGCGGGGUGCCCUGCGGCGCCGUCAUUAGCGAAAGUGGCAUUGCAUCAGACGAUUGACAAGAUCCAAAAGCGCAAAGAUGUGGCAAAUGUGGACUGCUGGUUGGAUGAUGUCUCAAUUGACGUCCAGCAUAAAUCCUUCAAACAAGCGGCAGACAGUGCGAUCCGAGUCUACCGCAGCUUAAAGGACGGGAUGGACGCAAAUGGGUUCACGAUUUCAUCCAAGAAGACAGGGUUUGUAGCCAGCAGUACCCAGGCGAGCAAGCACCUGCGAGAACUACUGUUACCGCAUGAGCCACAAGUGUACGACGUGAUGCGGGACUUGGGCGUCGACAGUACCGGUGGGCGAAAGCGUCGUUUGGUGACGUCGGCCACACGGGCAAAAAAAGCACAUGCCCGACAGAGCAAGCUGUCCAGGCUGGGGCCGCCGCCCAGCACUAAACUCCGCGUAGUCAAGGCCGCGAUCACAUCCGUUGCUUUGUGGGGGCACCCAUCCGUGGGGGUAUCGCCCAAAAGAAUGAAGUGGCUCCGAACAGUGGUGGGCAAACACCUGGGCAAAUACAAGCUUGGUAGUUUGGAAACCAUACUGGAUAUGGGAGCCAAGAAAUGUCAGGACCCGAAGCGCACAAUCCACAAGCAGCAUUUCAAGGUGGUGGCAAAAGUUUUCAGCGCAUGGAUUGGUGGAGGCAAAGCCCACUUUGAAUUGGCCUGGAAAGCCACUUGGAGGAGGUUAAGUGCGGCCAAACACCACUGGCCACUGGUCACGGGACCGAUGGCAGCAACCAUGGCGUACUUAAUGGAUUUGAAGGUGGAUGCAAGUGACCCGGGCAAAUGGAAGAGAGGAAAUGUCCUCAACGUCGAUUGGACCCAGCCACGCAUGGGUGGCCUCGCCUACAAAUGGCUUGAGGGAUUCCUCGAGGAACAAAAAAGGGCUGCAAUAACGCGACAAGCAGGUGGAAAGGGGGCCCAGGAGGGGCUGGAUUGGACGCCGCAUCACAAGCUGACGAAGCUGGGAGGCUUAAGCCCGGGCCUUAUGGAAGGGAUGAAGUCAGUGUGGCAUGCGGGCGUUAUCACGGAGUCCAAGCCUGGCUGGUGCAAGAAGUGCCAAGUGCCAGCCACUCUGGAGCAUGUCCUCAAAGAAUGCCCUUACUGGCGAGACCAAGGGUUCAAAGAACCCAAGCUCCAGGAAUACCUGCGCCACAAAUACCCAUGGGAGUGCCUGUGGACAAGGGCACUCCUGCCCAAGCCGGCGGUGUGGCACCCCAAGCCGCCGGAGCAUCUUUUGGGACUGCGCUACCAAGGAUGCUUUGCAGCAGACGCUACAGUGGAAGCAGAAGGCUUGAUCUUCGCCACUGACGCCAGCGGAGGUCCAGGAGGAAUAGACCCACGUGUACAAACAUCAGCCCUCGCAGUGGUGGCUAUGACCUGGAAAGAUGGUGAGUUGGUGAAAGUCGGACAAAUUACGGAGCUGGUCUACCCGUGGCAGCCGGUAGUGGACAUGGAGCGCCGUGCACUUUUCAGACUAAUGGAGCACACGGAGGAUCUGAUUGACGUCACAAUGGACUGCAAGCCGGCAGUCCAAGCGCUACAAAAAAUACAACCGCCGGACGAUGACCUGGAAUGGAGCAAAGUGCGUGUCAAAGAGCUGGACAACGUGGUGCGUACACUUUCACUGGCUUACGGAGAACGCGCAGCCCACAUAUUGCGGAGGCGCAACGAAGCAGAUUUCCCCUUCAUCCUGGACCAUGCGCAUUACAAGGAGAAGAUGGAAGCCUCGCAGAAAGCUGAGGGAUGCAGAAAAGAGCAUGGCAGGGCCAAACUCAACAAACGCCAGCGGCUUUGGCAGUUGCUCGAAAACCCGGAGCGAGGGCACCAAUGGGAGAAGGGCAGUGAACACCCCCGGAAUUUAACACUGAAAUGCCAACUGUGCGGUUUGUAUGUACAACAAACCCUCACGAACUUGGAGGUGGUGUUGGAGCAGUACUGCGUCAACCAGCCGGAGGCGCGAGUGCGAAUCAAACUUGAGGAUUCGUGGAAACCAAUUUUGGAGGAGCAGUUCCUGGAAACAGACCCCAGGAGGGCAAACUACACUCACCUACAAGCGGCGUGUCGCAGCCUCGCUCGCUGCCGCACAAGGAACGAUUGGGUCUACCAAGCGGAGACCUACCUCAGUGAAGAGCGGAAGAAUCGGCCGGACAAAGGCAAGGGUAAAAGCAAGAACAAGCAGCAGGAUCAGCCCCGAGACCGUUCCCCGCUUCGACAGGCCAGACACCCGGAGCAGACUUGGGAUAGGGAUGAGGAGAGUGCUUCAGAAUCUCCGGUGGGUCCGGUACGCCUACGGGAGAGAGGAGAAGACAGUGCGGCCUCGCACCAAGCUGAGGGUGUCAAUGAAGAGCAAGAGGCAAGCCAGCCUCGCACAGUCACGCUGGCGGAAGGACCAGGAUAUGCUCUGGAUCGGCUAUGGGUCAUGAAACUAGCGAUGGAACCCCAGAGCUUUGGCAACGAAGCAGGGUACGGGGAACAAUUCCCCACCCUGGUCACCAGGACCCUGUGGGCAGGAUGGAUCGGAGUCCUUUUCGACGAGGCGGUGGAGGGGUACUGCCACCACUACUUCUAUGGAAGUAUCAUCCGCAGGGCAGAGCUGUUCAACACAUGGUGGCAGGAACAUCGCCAAGAAGCCGGGGUCCUCAGACAGUCCCUGUUUUACCUGGUGGCUAUAACGUCAUGGCUGACCACGCAAGGAGUUGCUCUAUCGGAUAUCACGGUAAGCAACGUUGGGCGCGACCCGAUGUCAGGAUCGCUACCACGGGCAGUGUUCUUUGACACGGCAGAGUGGUCGACGCUGCAGGAGGAGAGAUACAAGUUAUCAAGCGGCCUCGUACGCCUCCUGGAGAAAUAUGACGAGGAGCUACUGGCAACCAUACGUGGAUUGGUCAGAACGUACGACGGCAAAGCCAGCGCGCUUUGGAUGGCGUGCGUAGGCAAUGUCCAGCACCUACUGGAUGCCGGGAUUGCAAAACGAGGAUGGGAUGGAACCCUACUUCCGGUCCCGGCAACAGAGAUCCAGAAAAUCACGUUGGGCAUGCCAUAUGACGAAGCUGAUGAGUGA